GUCAAUUUGUAGUAGUUGCAUUAUUUGUACACAAUGUCAAAAUUACUAGCACACGAAAAAAUAAAAUACAUUUAUGAUUUACCGUUUCGUGAACGAACGGAACUAUGUAAUAUUUUAAAUCAAAACAGUACAUGGGAACAACUUGCAGGCAUUUGGAUGAAGUAUGAUGUAUCAACUAUUUACAAUCUCAGGAAAGAAAGAAAUCCAACUGAUGAGCUACUAUCAAUGUGGUCAAUCCACAAUCAUACAAUAUUAGAAUUAUUCAUUCUGCUUUCUAAAAUGAAACAUUAUCGUGCCAUGAUUAUUUUAAAAUCUUUUGUAAAUAACAAAUAUCACGUUUUAAUAGAUAAUUGUGAAAAGAGAGUGAUGAAUCUCUUGAAUAACCAAAACUUUCAAACUGUAAAAGAGGAUAUCCCAGAAGGUACCCCAAAACUUAAUAAAAAAACUUCAUGUCUCAUAGACAUUUCAACAAAUGUUACGCCAAAUCAACCAAAUGUGAAAAUAGUGAAUAAUCUUAAAUCAGAUGAUCCCAGUAAUUCCAAUAAUUCAGCAGUCGCGAGCCCAUUAAUUUCACCGGGUUUGGUUCAUGUUAAAUUAUCUGAUAAAUUAAAUAAAUUAUCAAUGAGCAAAACACAUUCAGUUUUGCCACAAAUAUCUUAUGAUGAGUUGAUGAGAGCCACAGAUGGUUGGAAUAAACGUUACAUUCUUGGGAGAGGAGGCUUUGGAAUUGUAUACAAAGGAACCUGGAAGAAUACAGAUGUUGCCAUCAAAAAAAUAGAACGCAGGGGUCCAGAGUCUGACGAGAAAUACAUGAUGCAACUGCAGCAGUCACUCAGGGAAAUUACUAUUCUCAAUUCUCGACCUCAUGAAAAUAUUUUAUCACUAUACGCAUUUAGUAUUGGUGGUGGAGCACCAUGUCUUGUUUACCAAUUUAUGAGAAAUGGCUCCCUCGAAGAUAGAUUACAAAUUCGUCAUAAUACUCGACCUCUAACCUGGAUCCAACGUCAUGAAAUUGCAAAGGGAACUGCUCGAGGCUUGCAAUAUUUACAUACAAUCGGAGAAAAACCUCUUAUUCAUGGUGACAUUAAAAGUGCUAAUAUUUUAUUGGAUAAAAAUAUGGAACCGAAGAUCGGAGACUUCGGAUUAGCCAGGGAAGGUCUUGAGAAAGAUGCAAUGAAGGUAAGCAAGGUCCAUGGAACAAGGCCAUAUCUACCUGAUGAAUUACUAAGAGAGAAAAAUUUAUCUACGAAAACUGAUACAUAUAGCUACGGAAUCGUUUUAUUUGAAUUAGGUACUGGACUUCCAGCGUAUGAUGACUCACGUCCAGUAAAUAAAUUUUUAAAAGAGUAUAUGGAUACUUGGGAUGAGCGUAAUUACAUUGUAUUAAUUGAUAGAAAAGCUGGUCUAGAGAAUAGUGAAGUUUUUCAUAAUCUGAUGGUGCUAGGAAAAUGGUGUUCAGAUAGAUUAGUUGAAAAACGACCAGAAAUGGAUUUUGUAUACAGAAAACUUGAUGAUUUAUAAAAUGUUAUGGACAUUAACAAUAUUUUUUACCUUUACCGAACUAUUAUUAUGUAUAUAAAUGUAAAAUAAAUAAAUAAAUUUUUGUUAC